GAAAAUUGAAUAGCUUUGCACAUUACUUGAGUUUAUUCAUCCAUAUCUAUCUAAACAGAAACCAAAGCCCACCUCUCAGUUCUUCAAAAAGAAAAAAAAAAAAUGGCAGAGUCUUUUGCUUUCGCCGUUGCUGAAAGAGUAUUGGAAAAGCUAGCUUCUAAUACUUACAAAGAGAUACGUUUAGCCUGGGAUUAUGAAGGGGAAGUGAAAAAGCUAGAGGAGAUCUUAUCAACAAUAAAAGCUGUGCUAUUGGAUGCAGAGGAGAAGCAGAAGCAGGCGACGAAUAACGAGCUGCGCGUUUGGUUAGCUAGGCUUAAAGGCGCUCUUUACGAUGCUGAGAAUGUUCUUGAUGAAUAUGAGUAUGAGAUUACCAGAAGGAGAGUGCUGCAAUUAUAUGGAACCGCCAUUAAAAAGGUGGGUCGCUUCUUUUCAUCAUCAAAUUCACUUGUAUUUCGUUUCAAAAUGGGUAAUAAAAUAAAACAAAUAAGAGAGAGAUUAGAGGAGAUUGCAAGUCAUAAGGCUAAAUUUCAUCUCAGUGAACUAAAUGAGAAUAGACAUGUUCUGCAUAGGACAAGAGAUAUGACCCACUCCUAUGUGGAAGCUUCUAAUAUUAUCGGAAGAGAUGUAGACAAGGAAAAAAUCCUCGACCUUCUAAUGAACCCUAGUGAAGAUAGAAAAAUAUAUGUCAUUUCUAUUAUUGGAUUAGGAGGUAUGGGGAAAACUGCACUCGCUAAAUUGGUUUUUAAUGAUAUAAGAGUAGACAGUCAAUUCAAACAUAAAAUGUGGGUUUGUGUUUCUGAGAAUUUCCACAUCAAAAAAUUAGUGGAGGAAAUUAUUAAAUCAGCAGCCAGUAGCACAGAAAACUUGAUUAAUUUGGAAAUGGAGCAAUUGCAAAGGAAGUUGCGGGAAACCAUUGGUGGUAAGAAAUAUUUUCUUGUGUUAGAUGAUGUGUGGAAUGAACAACCCAUAAAAUGGAAUGAAUUGAAAGAAUUGUUGUGUAUGGGUGCAAAUGGAAGCAAAAUCUUGGUAACUACUCGUAGUAAAAAAGUGGCCUCCAUUGUUGGCACCAUCCCUGCAGCUUAUGAACUAUCAGGUCUUUCUGAUGAUGAGAGUAAGGCUUUGUUUACUAAAUUUGCAUUUAAAGAAGGUCAAGAGAAAGACUAUCCAAACUUAUUAAAAAUUGGGGAUGAAAUUCUCAAAAAAUGUAAAGGAGUUCCCUUAGCUGUAAAGACACUAGCUUCUCUUCUUCUUUCACAAACUGAUGAAGAUUAUUGGAAAUAUAUCAGAGAAAAUGAAUUGUGGAACUUAGAGCAGAAGGAAGACGAAAUUUUACCUGCUUUAAGAUUAAGUUAUGAACAAUUGCCAUCUCACUUGAAAACUUGUUUUGCUUAUUUUUCACUCUUUCCAAAGGACUAUAAUUUUGUUGGUGUAGAAUUAGUGCAAGUUUGGAUGGCACAUGGACUUGUUCAUUCAAGGAAUAAAAAUGAGGAAUUGGAAGAUGUAGGCAAGCGUUAUAUUGAAGAGUUAGCUUCUCGAUCUUUUUUCCAAGACUUUCAAGACUCAUUUGGUUUUGAAUUUCUUAGAUUCAAAAUGCAUGAUCUAAUACAUGAUUUGGCACUGUCAUUGACAAAAAAUGAAUGUGCAAUUAUAACCUGUAGCACCAAACAAAUCUCUGAGAGUGUUCGGCUUUUGUCAUUCGCUAAACCGACUUCACUUCCUGAAGAUCUUCCAAUGAUGUUACAACAGUUAGAUGGAGUUCAAACAAUUUCAUUUGGAAAUACUAAGGAUUUAGGUCUCAACAAUCAAUCAAUCCUAAACUUGUGUUUGUCGAAAUUCCAUUAUCAAAGAAUGCUGGAUUUGAGUUGGUAUUCUAAUGUGGACUUACCAAAACAGAUUGGUACUUUGAAGCAUUUGAGGUAUCUUAGAGUGGUUAGCAAUUCUAAAAUCAAAAGACUUCCAAAAUCUAUUUGCAAGUUGCAUCAUUUACAAGCACUAGAUCUAUGGAGAUGUGAUGAAAUUGAAGAGUUGCCUAAAGAUAUAAGGUGCUUGGUCAACCUGAGGCAUUUAAAAAUAACUACAAAGCAAGAAUGUUUGCCCAAGAAUGGAAUAGGAUCUUUAAAAUCUCUUCGAAAAUUGAGCAUUGUUUUUUGUCCUAAUUUAAAAUAUUUGUUUGAAGAUAUGCAAGGUCUGAGGAACCUUCAGUUACUGCUUAUUGUUAAAUGCAAUCAGUUAAUCUCUUUGCCUCAAAGUGUAAAAUACCUGGUUACAUUGAAGACUCUUUUUAUUUCUAAUUGUCAAAACCUUGAUUUGACAAUAGAGGAAGAGAAAAUUAAUGAAGAGUUGAGUGCAUUUUGUGUUCUAGAAUUGAUACUUAUCAGGUUGCCAAAACUGGUGAAUUUGCCACUAUGGCUUUUUCAGGGAUACACUCUAAAAUCCUUAUAUCUGAGAAAUUGUGAUAAUCUCAGAGAAUUGCCUGCAUGCCUUCGCAAUAUAGAGUCUCUUCGACAAUUAGAGAUUCGAAAUUGUGGCGAGUUGGGAGAAAGAUGCAAACGUGAAGAGGGUCAAGAUUGGUCUAAAAUUGACCAUAUCCCUAAAGUUAUUAUUCACGAGGCCACAACAUCUGAUGGCCACGACAACCAUUAG